CAACUGGUUCAACUGCCCUCAACCUCCAACCUUAGCUGUUGCUUGAAGCCAACACCACCACCGCCCUCUGCUCUCUCUUAUAUUUUCACCGCCAGUCUAUUAACUUCAGGCGCCUUCGUCCUCAGCUAAUUUCCUCAUGGACUGCGCCUCAGACAAUCUCGUCUCCUCCUCUUCAUCUUCUUCCGACACGCCGCGUGCCUCCUCUUCUUCCCUGCAUCCUGCGCUUAAUUUUGUUCAAUCUCAUGACCCUGAGUUAAGGCUCCAAGGCGCCAGAGAAAUCCGCCACCUCACCAAGACUUCUCACCGCUGCCGACGCCAGCUCGCCUCCGCCGUUAAGCCGCUUGUGCAAAUGCUCUAUGAUCACUCGCCUGACUCCCAUCGCGAGUCUGCUCUCCUCGCGCUCCUUAAUCUUGCCGUUAAAGAUGAAAAGAAUAAGAUUAGUAUCGUAGAAGCUGGGGCCUUGGAACCAAUAAUUAAUUUCCUUCAGUCACAAAAUCUGAGCCUACAGGAGUAUGCUACUGCGGCUUUGCUCACUUUGUCUGCUUCUCCUGUCAACAAACAAUUUAUAAGUGCUUCUGGUGCCAUCCCUCUCCUAGUGGAAAUCCUUAGACGUGGAAGCCAACAAGCCAAAUCUGAUGCUGUAAUGGCUCUCUCAAACCUCUCAACACACCCGGAUAAUGUCAGCAUCAUUCUUGAAACAAUUCCGAUCCCAUCAAUAGUUAACUUGCUCAAACUCUGUAAAAAAACAUCAAAAACAUCUGAGAAAUGUAUUGCUCUUAUAGAAUCAUUAGUGGCGUUUGACGAGGGUAGAGUUGCAUUGACAUCUGAAGAAGGUGGAGUUUUUGCAGUAGUUGAAGUGCUUGAAAAUGGAUCUCUUCAAGGUCGGGAGCACGCAGUUGGGGCACUACUUAGGAUGUGCCAGAGUGACAGAUGUAAAUAUAGAGAACCAAUACUCGGAGAAGGUGUGAUUCCUGGUCUGCUUGAGCUCACAGUUCAGGGAACGCCCAAGUCCCAGGCAAAAGCACAAGCCCUCUUGCAGUUAUUGAGGGACUCUCCAUAUCCAAGGUCAGAGCUUCAACCUGAUACUCUGGAGAACAUAGUUUGUAAUAUAAUCUCUCAAAUGGAUGGAGAUGAACAGUCUAGCAAAGCAAAAAAGAUGUUGGCUGAGAUGGUACAAGUUAGCAUGGAGCAGAGCCUAAGACAUUUACAGCAAAGGGCUAUGGUAUGUACCCCAACUGAUAUUCCUAUCUCCAGUUGUACCUCUGAAGUUUCUUCAAAAUGAUUGUUUUGGUUUACAGCCUUUCCCUUUUGUGAGAACAAAUUUUCCUCUGUAGAAAAGAUAAAAGAAGAUAUAGUGAACAAAUGAAAAUGCCAGUCCAGGCCGUCUAGUUGGUAUCAGGUGACUGGUAAAGUGUCAAUGAAAGCGUUCAAGUUGUAUGAGGUUGAAGGCAUAGUUUUGUAGUUUGGCUUGUAAAGUAACUCUUGUAUCACAAAGACACAACUAGUAAAAGAUUUUCUCUUCCUUUA